GGCAAAGUAGAAACGAGUUCAGUUUGUAGAAUUGUGAAUUGAAUAUUUACGAGUGUAAAAAGAAAAUCUGUUUUUACCUACUUCUCACUUUAUUUAUUUGUUUCCGGUUUUUCUAUCAAAAAUUAAAAAAAAUGUGUGAUUUGGAAUUUUCAAUACCAUCCCGGUUAGAGAAUCUUUUCUCUUCAUCGUCAAAACAUUAUACUGUGAAAGAAGAAUUUUCAAAGCAGUCUAUUACCGUGGAAGUUCUGCAACUGAAGCGAUCUAUGUAUGCUGAUAUUGAAGGUUUUAUUUUCAACCAUUUUGACUUGUAUUGCAAUCUUCUUCGGCAAUUUUCAGAGUUAGAUGAAGGUUUAAAGGUGUCUGCUUUUCAAAUUCUCCUUCAAGUUACUGAAAAAGUGAUAAAUUUGCUGACUGAUAUAUUGAAUGAAGACACAGAAGAAUUUGAACGAGAUUUGAGUUUUAAGUAUCGUAACAUGAUUAUGAUGAAUGUUUAUUUAUUAUGUCAAUUCACUCAUGCUUUUGAAGAGGCAAUUCUUAAAAAAGCAGCAAACGUAAAUCCUGGCAAGAGUCGAAAAAAGAAGAUUACUAUUGAAGAAUCAGAACUCAGUGAAUGGCCAGAAGAAAGAUUGAAAUUCCUUGUUACAUUGAAAAAAAUAUUUCAGUUACCUAUUAGGAAGUUUUGGAGCCCUCCAAUUAUUGAUUACGAAUUCAUAAACUAUGUUACCAACUCAUUUUUCAAGCUUUUGGAAAAUGUAGAGAUUGCAAAAGAUAAAGGAAUGAAAAUAGAAAUCUUUCGCUUCCUUGGUUCAGUUUUUGCUGAAAAUAGAACUGGCAUUGGAUACAGUAUAAAAAUCUUGCAAAUGGUUCAAGAUUUUGAACACUUGCCAAGUAUUAUGGCUGAGGCUGUCGUACACUUUAUGCAAGAAAAUUCAGCUGAUACUUUAGCUGCAGAUAUUUGCAGGGAGGCUAUUUUACUUGAUGUUAAAUCUUUAGUGACUAACCUAACUGCUGCACAUUCCUUGUCACAAUUUUUGAUUUCUAUAUGUGAAAAGUGUCCAGAAAAAGUUGUAUGCGUCAUUGGCAAUUUGAUGCAAUUUUUGGAAAUGGAGUCGCAUGUGAUGAGAAACUGUGUGCUUUCUAUUAUGGGAAUCAUACUCAACAAAUUUUUAGCAAAUGAGAAUAUUUCACCCAAAGAAAAGAAAUUGAGAGAAGAACUCUUGAACCAAUUAGAAGCUCAUUUGUUAGAUGUCAAUUCUUUUGUGAGAUGCAAAGCUAUUCAAGUUUUUAAAACCCUUAUGGAUGAGAAGGCUUUGACAUCUGCUGAGCUGUAUCAUGUUGGGAAACUUAUUUCAAAUCGCAUAAAAGAUAAGGCUAGUAAUGUACGGAAGAACGCUAUGUCUUUUAUGUCCUUAUUUAUCGAUGUUAAUCAGUUUGCUUGCCAAAUUCCUCUAGAAGUAUUAAAAGAGAGUUAUGAAACUGAAAAUAAGAAACUGAAAGAACUGGAAAAAUCAAAACCUUUUGUUUUUGAUGAGUCAGAUGAUGAUGAGCCUAAAAAUGAAAAGAUGGCAGAAAAUGGUUUGGUAUUUGAUGAUUCAGAUGAAGAAGAAACUGAAGAAAACAAAGAGAAAGAAGUCAGUGAGGAAAAACAAGAAAUUGAAAAAGAUAAGGAUGAGUCAGAUAUGCAAAUGGAGCAAACUGAAGAAAAUGAAGAUAAACCUCAGACAGCUGAUGAUGUCAAUGAAGAAUUUGUAAAGCAGAAAGCUGUUGUUGAUUAUUUAAAAAAUACUUUGAAUUUUGCUGAAGUCAUACAUGGAAUUGUUGAACCCGUUUGUGCCUUGUUACAUUCCUCUACUCAAACUGACAUACUUGAAGCAAUAGAAUUUUUUACUGCUGCAGCUGGAAAUUUAGUUACUGGUUCUGAUGCUGGAAUAAAAGAAAUUUUGAACCUUGUGUGGUCCACAGAAGUUACUGUAAAAGAAGCUGCACUCAAUUCUUUUAAAUCACUUUAUUUAUCCAGUGUAAAAGAUAAGAGAGAUGUGGCAGACAUUGCAAAGAAUUUGAUAAAUCUCCUUAAAAAUGCUACUAUUGAUGAUGCAUGGAGCCUUCGAGCUUUUGUUGUACAUUUUAGUCAGACGAAUGAAAUCCCAGUUUCUAUUUCUGAUGUUCUUUGGGCAAAUCUAAUCAAUCCAGCAUCUGGUGUAACAGAACAGGAAAAAAUUUCUAUUCUGAUGCUUUUGAGUAUGGUUGCAGAGCAGCGUCCUGAUUUUGUAUGGCAAAAUUUAAAUGCUAUUGUAAAAUAUGGACUAGGACCAAAUGGAGAGAAAAAUUUCCAGCUAGCUAUGUAUACUCUUAUUGUUCUAUGUAAAGCAAAUAUUGAAAAUAGGGGUAAGUUUCAUUCCGCUAAUAGCAUUGAUGAAGAAACUCGUUUACCACCAGAUCAUGCUAUUGCUGAACGCAUAAAGUAUCUCUUGAUUGAAGGCAUCAAAAAUUAUGAAGAUAAUCAAUGGACUCCAAUGGCUAAUGAGGCAAUACUUACCAUAUUCUGUCUUAUGAAGGAACCAGAAGUUUUGUGCAUGAAAAUCAUGAAAGAAAUUGUUAAAUUGAUUUGUGAAGAAUUUGGACCAGAAGAUGGAGAAAAAGAAACUACAACUGAUAUUUCAAAUAUCCUGUGGGCACGAUUCGUGUCUCUUUGUGGUCAUAUUGCUCUACAUUACAUGACAUAUUUGAAAAUUGAUUAUUUUGCACAUCUGAGAAGAGAGGAGAUUUCGAGAGAACAACGUCGUCGGAAAUCAACAGCAAAUGUGACAUUUUCCACUCCAAAAUAUCCUAGCAUAACUAAUAGUCCAAAAUCAAAAACUAAAAAAAGACAAAGCAUUAACAAGAGUUAUAAAUUAAUACCACCUGUUGAUGAAGAAACAACCUAUGAACAAAUUCUUGAAAUUUGUGCGAAAGAAGUCAAAGAUGAAACAAAGUUAAUAGGCUAUUUACUUCCAAUUGUGAAGGCCACUUGCUUGUCAAGCUUAAAAGAGCAUAAUAGAGAAAUACAAGCUGCUGCUUCUGUGGCUUUAACAAAGUUUAUGCUGUUCAGUGAAAAAGUUUGUGAAGAAAAUAUGCAACUUUUUGCCACAAUCACAGAGAAAUCUCCUGAACCAUAUAUCCGUGCCAAUAUGGUUAUUGCUAUGGGAGAUUUGGCUACAAAUUAUCCAAAUGUCGUAGAACCAUGGACAUCUCAUAUUUAUCAAAGAUUGAGUGAUUCUGAGCCUUCUGUUCGAGAAACUGCCAUUAUAACUCUCACACAUCUCAUUCUUCAUGAUUUUGUUCGAGUCAAAAGCUUGGUUAGUGAAGCUGCAAAGUGCAUUGCUGACGAGCAAAAAAGUGUUGCUGAUGUUGCUAUGUAUUUGUUCUCAGAGUUGGCUAAGAAAGGAAAUAUCAUCUAUAACAUAAUUCCAGACAUUAUAAGUACACUAAGUGAUCCCAAAGCAGAAUUCAGUGAAGAGAAAUUCCAAGUAGUUUUGAGACAUAUGCUUCAGUAUGUAGAGAAAGAAAAACUGGUUGAAGGUCUUGUGGAAAAGCUCUGUGUGCGAUUUGCAGGUUUGAGCACUGAUGUCCAGAUGCAUGAACUUACUUUCUGCUUGAGCAUUCUUACUCUUAAUGAUAAGUGCUACAGCAAGCUGAUGGAAUUGAAAAAUCUCUUGAAAGAGAGGAUGAGCGAUCCUGUCAUCAUGAAAUACAUCACAAACAUCACUGCCAAUGCUAAAAAGAACGAUGCCAAAACAGCUGCCGAAUUGGAAACGUUCCGGAAAGAAUUGGGAAUUUAAACAAUUGGAGUGGAAUUUCUGGGUGUUUAGAGCCUGAUAAUUUUCUUUUUUCUGCCAAUUUUUCAGCAUAAUAAUUAUUAUUUAAAAACAUAUUAUUGAAAGAAACUUUUUAUGUUUUUAGAUAUUUAUAUUGGUCUCAUUUGGCAGAAAUAUUAAUUAAGCUAAGAGUAUAAGGUUAAUUAAAUUCAUAAAUAGAUAAAUUACUAACCAAAUUAAAUAUCAAUCACAUAAGUGCAAUUUUCAUUUUUCUGAUACCUUUUCUUCUGCAAAAAGUAGCUAAUUAAAAUCAUUUGCCAAAGUGCAUGGACAUUUAGAGAUUUUGCAGAAAAUCUUUAAAAAUUGAAGAAUUCAUGGACAGUUUAGUGUUAUAUCUGAUAUUUACGAACAGUUGGAUUCUUUUUAAAAUGUUCUAAUAAAUUAAAGAAUUUUGACUAAAUUUUUUUAAAUAAGAUUUUUAUUACUUUGAUUCUAAAAUGCCAUAUUUAUUUUCAGUCCAAGAAUUAAUUUCAGAGAUGAAAAAGAUUUGUUAAAUAAUUCAAUAAAAACUUUCAU